GAGUUUUUGUACACGUCUUCUGUGUCCCGUUUGUACGUGUGUGACAAAUCAUAACAUUGGUUUACAAAAUACAAUCAUGUUUUCCACAGUACCAACAACACAAAGUUCACAAAAUCAGAAUGCAUCAGCCAAUAGGCCGGAGCUGUAUGAAGAGGUGAAACUUUUCCGGAAUUUCCGGGAGAGGGAGAAGUAUGACAACAUGGCAGAGCUGUUUGCCGUAAUAAAUACUCUACAGUGGUUGGAGAAAGCCUAUAUCAGGGAUGCUAUCACGCCCAAACAGUACACUGCAGCGUGCUCCAAGCUGCUGGUCCAGUACAAGGCAGCUUUCAAGCAGAUACAGAGCGAUCAGAUCCGCACUGUCGAAGACUUCAUGAAGAAAUACAGGAUGGAUUGCCCCGCAGCGAUGGAGAGGAUAAAAGAAGAUCGACCAAUCACAAUCAAGGGUGAUGACGGUAACACUAGCGAGUGUAUAGCACAAGUAGUUUCGCUUUUCAUCACCGUAAUGGACAAGCUGAGGUUGGAUAUGAAAGCAGUAGAUGAGAUUGAGCCAGAGCUGCGAGAGUUGAGCGAGACAAUGAAUAAGAUGAGCCUAUUGGCCGAAGACUUUGAAGGCAAGGAGAAAGUCAACUCUUGGUUGAAAACCAUGUCAUCCAUGAGGGCAUCAGAUGAACUAGAUGAAGACCAAAUCAGACAGAUUCUCCAUGAUCUAGACUCGGCAUAUCAAAGCUUCAUACGUAUACUGGGUACAGGAUCGUGAGUAAAAUAGACAAAGUUGCGAGACAGAAAAAAAAAAACACUGUAAAUUUACUUGUAUUAUACUUAUUAUUACAAGCGCUAUUUUUAGUUGAUAUAAAAAUAAAAGACUUAUUUGUAUGUACUUUUACGUAUUUGUCAAGUUACGUAUUUGAUUAGGGCCCAAUUUCGUAGAGCUGCUUAAUUACUGUGCGAUUUCCAUUUCAUAGCGCUGCUAACGGCAAGCACGAGAAAAGGCUUGCUAACCUUCCGGUGCUUACUGUAUGAAAUUAUUGACAUCACUAUGCAAAUCCAUGGUGAAGACGCAAAGAUGGC